AGUGCGCGCCCGGCAGCGACAGCUUCCCUGUAGAAUUUCUUGAAUCGCCGCGAGGAAGCGUACGAAGGGCCAUGUUUUGCCUGCGGAUCCACUCGGUGGACUCAGCUCUACAGGAGGACGAAGGCCACCGUCCGCCGGCGGAUCCCACAGGCAAUGGAGUCUCCACGGCAACGAGCAGCAGCCGAAGCCCUAACGCCAGUUCUAGAAUCAAAGUUAUACGCGGAAUCGUUCACCUCUACCGCAGAACCCUACCUCUAUCCUCUUCCUCUUCACCUUCUCCUUCUUCGUCCUCAAUUCCCCACUCCUCUUCCGACCUUCUUCCGGCCGGCCGAGGAACGCUUCUCUUCGUUCUCGCGGUCCCUAAUCAUCUAUUGCCGGAGGAUUUCAUCCGAUUCUGCGGCUCCUAUGCUGACGGUUCAACAGGAUUCCAGAUCGUUAGGAACGACGGGAUGGAAGACCGGUACAGUGUUCUGAUUAAGUUAGACGAUCAGAAGAGUGCUGAUGCAUUCUAUCUCAAUCUGAAUGGGUGGAGAUUCUCUACAGCUGAGGGGGAGAUUUGCCAUAUUCUAUUUCUAGGUUCUGUGGAGUUCACUGAGUCUACAGAGAUUGCUGGUACUCCUCUGGUUGGAUCCACUGAACUACCAACUUGUCCUGUCUGCAUAGAAAGACUGGACCAAGAGAUAACUGGCAUCAUGUCUACUACUUGUGAUCAUUCCUUUCAAUGCUCAUGCAUAUCAAAGUGGACCAACUCUUCUUGUUCAGUGUGCCAGUUUUGCCAAGAACAUUCUGCAAAGCCUGUUUGCUCGUUAUGCGAAACAGCAGAAAAUCUUUGGAUUUGUGUUAUAUGUGGCUUUGUUGGAUGUGGAAGGUAUAAAGAAGGCCAUGCAUUUAGACAUUGGAAAGAUACGCAGCACUGCUUUUCUCUUGAUCUGGAAACACAGAGGGUCUGGGAUUAUGUCGGAGAUAACUAUGUACAUAGAAUUAAUCAAUCAAAGAGUGAUGGUGAGUUAGUUAAGAUGAAGUCCAAUAAUAGAUCUUUUGGGGACCAUUGUGAAAGCUGUGCGUUUACUGAGGACUCCGGAAUUAGCGGAGCUUUGUUAAGAAGCAAAGUUGAAGCUAUAGUGGACGAAUACAAUCGCUUACUUGCCAGUCAACUUGAAAGUCAAAGAGUGUAUUAUGAAACUCUACUUGAAGAUGCAAAACAGAAAAGGGAGAGAUAUAUAUCUGAAGCUGUUGAAAAAGCUGUGGAUUCAAAGAUUCAGGACAUAGAGCUUGAAAUUGAAAAAGUUAUAAAAGAAAAGAAAACCUUUACUGACAUUAAUGAAAAUCUCAUGAAAAGUCAAAAUCAUUGGCGCGAGAAGAUCAAGGAAAUUGAACAAAGGGAGAGAGAAACACUCAGAUUGAAGGAUCUGAAGAUUCAUGAACUGGAAGAAGAGAUCAGAGACUUCUCCGUUUUCAUUGAGGCCCAGAAAACACUUAAUGUCGGAGGAGAUACUGAUGACAUAAGAGGGGGCACAUUAUUGCCAGUCCCAUCACCACCUCCAGUUUCCUCCCCCAGAUCCAGAAAAUCUUCAAGGUUUACCAGAAAAAGAACUUAGAUUUACAUCUGAAAUUUACAUAUCAGGUAACUUGAUUAAUUAGUUAUUUAUUUAUAUAGCAUAUGUCAUUCUAGUCUAGUUAAUGUUAGUGGUAUUUUUGAGAUUUAUGUAUUAGGUUUGUAAAUAAUUUAGAAAUAUUUGGCAUGAUGCAAAUCUACUUU